AUGCGGCCACAACCCCCGGGGGAGAGCGCUGCAAACAGUUGUAGCAUCCGCAGCCCUUAUCCCUUAACAGACACUCCCAUUGACUAUUUUUAUCGGCCAGAUAUACAACACCGGGAAGGCUACAACAAUCCCCAGGUGUCUGGUGAGAACCUGAUUGGCCUCAGCAGGGCCCGUCGCCCACACAACGCUAUCUUUGUGAACUUCGAUGACAAAGAGGUCCCCGCUAAACCCCUGGAUGCUGCUGUACAGACCUGGAAGAAAGUGUGCACAAAUCCUGUGGAUAAAAAGGUGGAGGAAGAGCUGAGAAAGAUCUUUGAAAUCUGUCCUGUCUGGUCUUGGAAUGCAAUGAAAGCCAGUAUCAGUGUCCUACCCAGACAAGCCUAAACUUCUUACACUGCAUUUGGCCUGUUACAUGGUUAUGCCUCUAAUGACAUGCCUGUGAAAGCAAAACGCAGUACAU